AUGCAGGUGAAAACGGCUUCGCGACCCACGGAGACCGUCAGAUUGUUGAGCGGUGUGCCAAACCUGGGUAAAUCUGCAACACGAAAGGUCCUCGUCUUAAGUAUCCCGUCAACGGUGAACGCUUUGCAUAACCGUGGUGUACACGCUUACUUACUUACUGCUACUUAUACUUAUAACCCUGCCUGGAAGCGCGCUAAAAUGCCCGCACAAUAAGAUACGUCAGCAAUCGAAAUAUAUUCGAUUCAUAUAUUCGUAAGCGAUAUCCAAGGGUUUAUUAUGCGGAAGAUGGUCGGAAACUGGACCCAAAAAUUGCAAUUCUGGUAAGACCAUUGGCUACAUAUGCCACAUUGUGA